UGUGGAUAUAAUUCAGAAGAUUCCUUUAUGUUGGUUGUUGGGUUACUUCUUUUAGUCAUGGGACAAGCCUGUCAGUGUGUUGUCGUUUUUACGCUCACGGCCAUGAGUUCAACAGGUGGCGUGUCCACUUUUAGGAACAGGCUGCAGCAGGGACUCACUCGUGCACUUUUCUGAGGAUCUAUGAAAGAAGCGUAAGCGCAUGAAAAGGAUUCAAAACGGAACAUAUUUGUUGGUGAUGACAGAUCACAAUGGCUGUAUUCAAGCAGCAGCAGGUUGAGAAUUUCUAUGAGAUUGGAGAGGAACUCGGAAGUGGGCAGUUUGCAAUUGUUAAGCAGUGUCGUGAAAAGAGCUCAGGCCAGGAUUUUGCAGCUAAGUUCAUAAAGAAGCGCCAGAGCAAUGCUAGCCGGCGAGGUGUGCUCCGAGAAGAGAUUGAGCGAGAGGUCAACAUCCUACAACAGAUACACCAUCCUAAUAUUGUCAUGCUACAUGAUGUGUUUGAGAACAAGACAGAUGUGGUGCUGAUUUUGGAGCUUGUGUCUGGAGGAGAGCUUUUCGACUUUCUGGCACAGAAAGAGUCUUUAAGUGAGGAGGAAGCCACACAAUUUAUUAAACAGAUUCUAGAGGGCGUUCACUAUUUACACAUGAGGAAUAUUGCUCAUUUUGACCUGAAGCCUGAAAACAUCAUGCUUCUGGAUAAGAACGCCCCACUUCCCCGGAUCAAACUCAUUGAUUUUGGCUUGGCCCACAAGAUUGCUGAAGGGGUUGAAUUUAAAAACAUCUUUGGAACACCAGAGUUUGUUGCUCCAGAAAUUGUGAAUUAUGAACCACUGGGACUGGAAGCAGAUAUGUGGAGUGUUGGCGUAAUUACAUAUAUUCUGUUGAGUGGGGCUUCUCCUUUCCUAGGAGAAACGAAGCAAGACACCCUGGGAAAUAUCUCAGCCAUGAACUAUGAGUUUGAUGAUGAAUUCUUUGGCCACACCAGUGAGCUUGCCAAGAAUUUUAUACGACAACUGCUGGAAAAGGACACCAAAAAGAGACUCACAAUUCAAGAUGCCUUAAACCACCCCUGGAUCAAGUCUAACGAGCAUAAGGACGAGCGCACUAAAGCACCAGAGAGGAAGAGAGAGCGUAGGCAGCUGAAGACGAAGCGUCUCAAAGAGUACACCAUCAAGUCCCACUCUAGCAUGCCUCCUAAUAACACCUACAUCAACUUUGAACGCUUCGCACAGGUGGAGGAGGACGUGUCAGCAAUGGAGGGCACUUUCUGCCAGCUAGCGUCGGCUCACGACACCUUGCAGGAAGACAUUGAUGCGCUAUUGUCCAUCUACAAUGAGAAGGAGAUGUGGUACAAAGAAGAAAGUGAAAGCAUCAGACACGAGUUGUCCCAGCUUCGUUAUGAGUUUCGUAAAGUCGAAGCACAGAGGCGUGGCGUUCACGAAGACAUGAGGAGCGUGGAUGCCAGUGUUAGUCGAGUGAGCGAGCGAUAUAAGGAGAGGCAGACACGUUUUGAGGCCCUGCAGAAGGAGCUCUGUGCAGAGCUGCAGUGGGUACAGGAAGUGGUUGGUUCAUACCAGGUCACCUUCCCGAACUGUAGCUUUAGCAGCGUGUUUAACACUGAUGUCAAUGAAGCUCUGAAAGAGUUGCUGAAUAGAUCCUGUGGAGGAGACCUGCUGACAGGCAGCAACCUAGACCAGCAGAGAUAACACAUUAAUAACCCACCACCCACUGAUCACACAUCGUUAUAUAAACAUGGGCGAGGUAAACAUGCUGAAGAGACUAAAUAAAUGCAGGUGUGGUCAGUCAGAGAGAGCUACAUACAUUAAAUAUAAAACAAUUGGGUCUGUGUUGAUUAUUUAUGGUUAACAGUUUAAAGAUGUAGACAGUCAUCCUAACAUAAUCUCAACUGAAGUAAUAUAUUAAUUCAUGUUUUUAAUAAUAAUAUUAAUAGGGUCAUUUCAUCUCAAGGGCUCCAAAAAUUGUAAAGUUGUUUGCCUGACUAUUUUUAAUUUGCCUAAUUUUUAGUGGUUACCUCUUAUUUAUGUAUUGGUAUUGCAAAGUCCGACAGUUUGUUUGUGUGUGUUAUUUUAAAAUAUGCAUUAGAGAUUAGUUUUUAUUCCAAGGAACUAGGACCAUCCUGAACUUCAAUAUAUCCCAAAAUUUGACAGCCACUGUGGUUUAUACCAAGUUUUUUUAAUAUAUCCAUUCAUAAAGGUACUGUAAUCACUUGAGAUGACCUAAUAAUAUAUUUAUACUAGACAAAAAAAAAAAGGUAAAAAAUUAGUUUUGUGGCACUAUUUAAUUUUUAUUUUCAACUUAACAGCAGUAAUAUAUACACUGAUCAGGCAUAACAUUAUGACCACCUUCCUAAUAUUGUGUUGGUUCCCCUUUUGCUGCCAAAACAGCCCUGACCCGUCGAGGCAUGGACUCCACUAGACCCCUGAAGGUGUGCUGUGGUAUCUGGCACCAAGAUGUUAGCAGCAGAUCCUGUAAGUCCUGUAAGUUGUGAGGUGGGGCCUCCAUGGAUCGGACUUGUUUGUUCAGCACAUCCCACAGAUGCUCGAUUGGAUUGAGAUCUAGGGAACAUGGAGGCCAAGUCAACACCUCAAACUCGUUGAUGUGCUCCUCAAACCAUUGCUGAACCAUUUUUGCUUUGUGGCAGAGCGCAUUAUCCUGCUGAAAGAGGCCACAGCCACCAGGGAAUACCUUUUCCAUGAAAGGGUGUACAUGGUCUGCAACAAUGCUUAGGUAGGUGGUACAUGUCAAAGUAACAUCCACAUGGAUGGCAGGACUCAAGGUUUCCUAGCAGAACAUUGUCCAAAGCAUCACACUGCCUCCGCCGGCUUGCCUUCUUCCCAUAGUGCAUCUUGGGGACAUCCCAUGUGUUCCCCAGGUAAGCAACGCACACGCAUCCAGCCAUCCACGUGAUGUAAGGCCACCUUCUUCCAUUGCUCCGUGGUCCAGUUCUGGUGCUCAUGCGCCCACUGUUGGGAGCUUUCGGCGGUGGACAGGGGUCAGCAUGGGCACCCUGACUGGUCUGCAGCUAUGCAGCCCCAUACGCAGCAAAUUGCAAUGCACUGUGUGUUCUGACACCUUUCUAUCAGAAUCAGCAUUAACUUCUUAAGCAAUUUGAGCUACAGUAGCUCGUCUGUUGGAUCAGACCACAUGGGCCAGCAUUCGCUCCUCACGUGCAUCAAUGAGCCUUGGCCGCCCAUGACCCUGUCGCCGGUUCUCCACUGUUCCUUCCUUGGACCACUUUUGAUAGAUUCUGACCACUGCAGACCGGGAACACCGAACAAGAGCUGCAGUUUUGGAGAUGCUCUGACCCAGUCGACUAGCCAUCACAAUUCAGCCCUUGUCAAACUCACUCAAAUCCUCACACUUGCCCAUUUUUCCUGCUUCUAGCACAUCAACUUUGAGGACAAAAUGUUCACUUGCUGCCUAAUAUAUCAAACCCACUAACAGGUGCCGUGAUGAAGAGAUAAUCAGUGUUAUUCACUUCACCUGUCAGUGGUCAUAAUGUUAUGCCUGUUCGGUGUGUGUAUAUGUAUAUAUAUUACAGCUGUUAAGUCGAAAAAAAAUUAAAUGGUGCCACAAAACUAAUUUUUUACCUUUUUCUUUUUGUCUAGUAUAAAUAUAAAACAGAUCUAAUCUUUUUGAGUUGUACGUUGUAAAAUCAUAAAGUAAGAUGUUGUGAUGUUAUGUUUUGAUUUAAUGUUAUGUAUUAGGUGUAUUUAAAAUCAUGAUGCUUCCUUUCUUUAUAUUACGUAAUCAGCUGUAAUUUGUUCAGGCAGUGUUUACGCUGAACAUGUUUUGAUUGAACAUGUCCACCUCUGGCUGUUUGUUUACCAGAUCUGGAAGUGAAACAAGCUUAUUUGAUUAAACCCUGCUAAUUUAUUGAAUAUGCCUCA